UCCUCCCUUCCGUCCAUUUGCUUUCCCGUGUCACUCAUCGUUCUCGUGAGCUCUUCCCUCUCUCCUCCGCUUCGUGUUCCAUCGAGCGAUCGCCGAUUAGAUCCGGAGAAAAUGCCGAGGAAUGUGUUCUCCGGCUCCAUUAGCUCCCCCAGGAUCGACGUGGCUAUCGACAUGGGGAACCCCUUCCUCAAUCGCACCGUCGACGGCUUCCUCAAGAUCGGAACGGUAGCUGCCUCCAGGGUCGCUGCGGAGGAAACCUUUCACUUUGUGCAUAAAGGGAGUAUCAGCAAAGGCAAAAUCGAGGAUGCUCUUAAGAGAAUGUGUAAAGAAGGAGCUUACUGGGGAACUGUUGCUGGAGUAUACGUAGGAGUGGAAUAUGGCAUGGAAAGAGCCCGUGGUACAAAAGAUUGGAAGAAUGCAAUGCUUGGUGGAGCCCUUACCGGAUUGCUCAUUUCCGCAGUCAGCAACAACAACAGAGACAAGGUUUUCAAGGAUGCUAUCACAGCUGGUGCAGUAGCUACUGCCGCUGAGUUUAUCAAUUACCUCACCUGAUCAAGAUCCUCUCGAGCAGAGACUAUCAGAAUUUCUGCAAUAAGCUUCAUCUCGUCGCCUUCGAACUCGAUUAGUAAGGUUAGGGAGCUGAAUCAAAUGGGAUCCUAUGUUCAUGUUUACUGCAAGUUUUCAUAGCUAAUAAAAUGAAAAGGGUGAGUCAGUUCAUAGGAUCAAAUGACCUUUAAAGGAAUUUAAAUACUCUCUUAUUGGAUUGUGCCA